UUAUUACCUUUUUCGGCGAUACAUUGGUUUUUAGCUAAUUUGGGUGGGGAAAAGUGUUAUAAAAAAAACGUUGAAUUGCCCCGAAAACGUCGAAUUGCCCCGCCGCACUUUACUCCGGAGGACCGUUAAAUUGCAGGCGCUUUUAGCCCGCACGAGUAUCUCAUGGUCCGAGGCCUUGCGCUACAUCCCCACAUCCCUCAGCCUCCGCCUGGAAAGGAUCGCCGCCACAAACGGCCCCACGACUCCCAAGCCACUCCCCGACUGUCCAGCCCCGGCAGCAUAAGCCCCUCUGCCUUCUUUGCCACCUCGCUGCCGCCACCCCCCAUCAGCAGAACCACGCAAGCGGCCCAGCCGCCUCAUCAGCUCCACGCCCAGAUCCCCGUCCCUCGCCCGCACCCUCUGAUCCGCGUCGUUCGCACAACCCAGCUCCGCCAGCGCCACCAUACCCGGGGUCACCCGAGCUGGGAGGGGCCCCAAAGGCCGUAUGGAGACCACAGCCGGCCCGGGCUCCCCGACCAACUCCAACAGAGCCGGCUGCCACGGGAUGUCGGCGCCCGCAAGCUCCGGCAUUAGCGGUGCGUCGCUCACGUAACCCAGGUGGCAGACGCCCGCCUAUCAGCAAUGGCCGCGCCCCUCGUCCCGGUGUUGAGAUAUCUGGGCUGCUCAGCACCGCCGCGUAGUGCGCCAGCAGCCAGCCCGAGGGGCGCGGCCAGGUGACCCAGCGCGGACGAGGCGGCGUCGACAUACAGAUCGGCAGGGCGUGUGGCGGAACUAGGCGUAGUGUUUCGACAGCAGGCCGCGCGGCUCAUGCAGAAUCGCUUCCCCCGCCCCCCGCCAGUGUUGACGGGUGCCUGGGGGGGGGGGCUCCUCGUCUGGUUGAAAUGUAUCAGGAAGAUGAGCACGAUGGCUGGUGGGUCGGCGUGGUGCGGGUGCUAAACCCGGAUAUGGGCCGGGACUUUGCUGCGGGGCUGUGACCACCUUUGCCCUCCUCGUGGACCUCUGCUGCCAGCUCCCGGAACUUGAUGUUGAGCUCGCCGAACACGGGAUCUUGGAUUCUUUUGCAGCGAAAGCAAGGCGGAAGACUCCCAAGCUAUCAAGAAGAUUAGAUGGCAAGGCCUGGGUAAACACCCCCUAGUUUUUGCCCUACAAAGGUGCCGGCCGUGGAAAGACAUUGGCUGUACGCUGGGGAAAGGAGAGGUAAAAGUCGCCCAGUAUUGUUUCGUGAGACUUGACUUAUUACUGCUUUUCAGUCGGUCAUCUUCGAUC